CUCCUCCCCGCCGCCGCCGCCGCCGCGCAGCUCGCGUUGGCGCUGGGUCGCCAUGGCGACCGGACGCGGGCGGCUCCUCCAGCUGCACUGCCUCGGCCUCCUGGCGCGGCGCCCGGCGCUCGGCGGCUUCUGCUCGGUACCCGGGAGCGCGGAGUUCAGAAAGGGGCCAAGUGUCAGACUGGCCACAGGCUGUACUACUGUAAAGCACUGUGCCCACCAGGACCAGCGCCCUGAGACGUCCUCCACCAGCCGCCCUGUGUGUCUGGAGAGUUUGCCUUCAGAAAUCCUGCUGAAGAUCUUGUCCUACUUGGAUGCUGUGACCCUUCUGUGCAUUGGGUGUGUGAACUGGCGCUUUUACCAUCUGGCUAAUGACAAUUUUAUUUGGAUCAGAAUCUACUCAGCUGCCUUUUCACCUAAAAGAUCUAAUUGGAAAGUUAAUUCAGUGGAGAAGACAGCUGUGUCUAUGAACUUACUGUCAGUUGGGGAUAAAGAAGCUGGAUAUUGGAAGAGAGAAUAUAUUACAAAACAGAUCACAUCUGUAAAAGCAGCCCUCGCUCGGGUUCUGCAACCUGUCAACCCUUACUUGGGCCUUCCGGUUAAAAUCAGAGAGGCCCUCAGAAUAUCUGGUUUAGGUUGGGUAAUUAUACUGAGAGAGAAAAGUGGGAGAGAAUACGUCAUGGAGCACGUUGAUCUUUCCAUCAACGACUCAUCCGUUACCAUCCUGUGGUUCGGCAGAGACUGGCCGCGUCUUGCCACGCUGUCAACCCUAGAUUUGUGUGGGGUGAUGCCCGUUUUCAUGGACCAGUCUAAAACCCCCACCAAAAACGGACCCCGAUGGCAUUCUUUAAUUGCAAAGUACAAUCUGAGUAACUUAGCCGAAGCCACCAUGAUGGGCUGCGACACGCUGGUCCGGCUCUUCUGCCUGCACCCAGGCCUCGCAGUCGGGCUGUGGAAGAGGGAGGAGGAGCUGGCUUUUGUCAUGGCACACCUGCAUUUCCAUCAGCUGGUGGAGAGGAGCGCGCUGGGCUCGGCUGCUGUCCCCUACGAGCUGCCUCCUCAUACCCCCCUUUUGGAUGACAGCCCAGAGUGUGGACUGCAUGGCUACCAGCUCCAUGUCGACAUGCACAGUGGGGGAGUUUUCUGCCUGUGUGGUACAUUCCGCAACCUCUUCACCAAGAAAGGAUACAUAGAAAAUGAAUAUGCGAAGCUCGUUGUGAUAAGUUCUAAAAAUAACGCCGAACACGUACCUCUUAUUGGAAAAGUUGGCCUUUCUUGGAAAACUAAUAUUUUUGAUGGCUGUAUAAAGAGUUGCUCUGUAAUGGACAUAACUCUUUUGGAUGAGUGUGGGAAACCCUUCUGGUGUUUCAGUUCCCCGGUUUGUAUGAGAACCUCUUCUGGGCCCCCUGACGGCCCUCAUUUCCUGGGGCAGACGUACCAUGUUGACUACGUGGACCCAGAAGGACGAGUGCACGUGGAGCUGGUGUGGAUCGAGGAGACGGAGGAGUACUUUAUCGUCAGCCUGGUGCUCUACCUGAGCGUGGCCAAAAUAAACCGCUGGUUUGGGACAAAAUACUGAAUGUUAGCAGUAGGUGGCAAAUUACUGUUAUUUGUUUAUUUUGGACUAACCAGUUUUGUUCUUGGUAUUGGAAGUUAAAAUAAAGCCAUAGUCUGUUCGA